AAGUGCGCUUUUUUCUACAGCGGGUAGUUUUCGUUUUUCGUUCGUUAUUUGCUCAAGAAAAUUAAAACAAAAUUUAUACAAAUAAAAAAAUUUUGAUAGUGAAUUGAAUGAAUGUUUAUUUCGACUGGUUACGUUUUGUUGUGUCUUUUUCAUUAUUGUGUUCACGCAAAGAAGAGAAUCUAAAAAAAAUAAACAUUUUAAAGAAAACUAAAAAAGAAAUCUAAAAUAAACGAGCGUGUGUGUUAGCAGAUUGCAAACACAGAAAGUUAUUGGAGGAUAAGAAACUGAAAUAAAAUGUUUAAAAUAGCCAAACCACCAAUGAGUCAAAGUGCUGGACAACAUCAGCAGCAUGUACAGCAACGUACACCUAAAACCACGCCUCUAGUCGAUGACUAUGAAAUAUCAAAUACAGUAUUGGGUUUGGGUAUAAAUGGAAAAGUUGUUGAAUGUACAAAUCGUAAAACAAAUCAAAAAUAUGCAUUAAAGGUUUUAUUGGACAGUCCUAAAGCGAGACGUGAAGUUGACCUACAUUGGCGUGUCAGUAGCUGUCGUCAUAUUGUCAAUAUUGCCGAUGUCUAUGAGAAUACAUAUGCUGGUAAUAAAUGUCUCUUAGUCGUUAUGGAAUGCAUGGAGGGUGGUGAACUUUUUCAACGUAUACAAGAUAAUGCAGAUGGUGCAUUUACCGAAAGAGAGGCUGCUCAAAUAAUGCAUGAAAUCUGUGUGGCCGUACAUUUUCUGCAUAGUCGUGAUAUUGCUCAUCGUGAUUUGAAACCUGAAAAUUUAUUAUACACAUCGCCACAUCCAAAUGCUAUUUUAAAAUUAACAGAUUUUGGCUUUGCCAAAGAGACCCUUAUCAAGGAUACCCUACAAACGCCAUGCUAUACACCAUAUUAUGUUGCUCCCGAAGUUUUGGGCCCCGAGAAAUACGACAAAAGUUGUGACAUUUGGUCUUUAGGUGUUAUUAUGUACAUUCUACUUUGUGGCUUUCCACCAUUCUACAGUAAUAACGGUCUAGCCAUAUCGCCGGGCAUGAAGAAACGUAUACGUACCGGUCAAUAUGAUUUUCCCAAUCCAGAAUGGAAAAAUGUCAGCCAAUCGGCCAAGGACUUAAUUAAAGGCAUGUUAAAUGUAGAUCCCAGUAAACGUUUGACCAUCGAAGAAGUAAUGCGUAAUAAAUGGAUUGCCCAGUAUAUGGAAGUACCAAUGACACCACUCUGUACAGGACGUAUGUUGAAAGAGGGCGAAGAAACAUGGCCUGAAGUGCAAGAAGAAAUGACCAGAUCCUUGGCAACAAUGAGAGUUGAUUAUGAUCAGGUGAGUCAGAUGCACAUCAAGGCCUUGGAUAAAUCAAACAACGCUUUAUUAAGUAAAAGACGAAAAAAGAUUGAGGAAAUGACUGCUGCUCAAAAAAAGUAGAAUG